AUGUCCGAGCUGCUAAACCGCAUCGAAACCAUCUCCACCAACAUCAAAUCCCACCUCCCACCCCAGUUUCAACCCUACCUGACCCACGACAACUUACAGAGCUUUCUACGCUUCAUCAUAGUGAUCGCAGCAUACCUCCUCUUCCGACCACACCUGGAAUCUCUAUUCCGCAAGAUCAGUGGUCGAAAGGAUCCGCGGCAGGCCGAGAUCGAGGCGCGUAUCGAGUUCCUCAAGAAACAGCGGGAAGGCACGGCGGUGACGUCGAUGGUCAUGCCGGGAGCUCAGGCUGGCGGUGCGGCCCAGAGGAAUGUUAAGGUCGUGACUAGGAAUGGGAAGAUUGUGGGCAUGGUGAAUGAGGACGAUGGCAAGGGUGGGAAGAAGGGUGGAAAGGGGGCGGGAAAGGGGAAAGGGAAGAAGGGGAAGGGAAACUGA